AUGAACGGCGAAGAGCAAUACUACGCGGCCACGCACCUUUACAAGGACACAUGCGCGUUCCAGAGGGGCCCGGUGCCCCCCCUCGCGGAGGACCCCACGGUGGCACACCUCCACCACCAUCUCCCUGCUCAGCUCGCGCUCCCCCACCCGCCCUCCGGGCCUUUCCCGGAUACAGCCGUGCCUGGCGCCCUGGAGGAGCCCAGCCGCGUCCAGCUGCCUUUCCCAUGGAUGAAGUCUACCAAGGCUCACGCGUGGAAAGGCCAGUGGGCAGGCAGUGCCUACUCCGCAGAACCCGAGGAGAACAAGCGGACGCGCACGGCCUACACUCGCGCGCAGCUGCUGGAGCUGGAGAAGGAGUUCCUGUUCAACAAGUACAUCUCCCGGCCACGCAGGGUAGAGCUGGCCGUCAUGCUGAACUUGACCGAGAGACACAUCAAGAUCUGGUUCCAAAAUCGCCGCAUGAAGUGGAAAAAAGAGGAGGACAAGAAGCGCGGCUGCGGGACAGCCGCCGGGAGUGGCGGGGACACGGAGCCGGAGCAGGACUGGGAGGAAGGCCGGUUGCCCCCAGGCCUUAGUGCGUCGCCGCAGCCCUCCAGUGUCGCACCCCUGCGGCCGCAGGAACAUCGUUAUAACCCCUGCUCUCAACUGCGCACUUCGUCCGAAAUAACCUCCUUUGAUUUCCCGCAUGACCUUCCCCAGACCAGAAGUUUCUACAGCAGAUUACUUCUUCUCUGGACAGAGACACAAACAGAUUUUGGUAAAACACAAACCAACAUUCAUGCUGCCAAUUUGUCUUCAGAUCCAGUGGAGGAGAAAGAGAAGGGUCUCUGGCCAAAUAAGGACAUGAACAUGGAAAUCAGACAGAGUGCUACACAACCCGUGGUCUGCUUUGUCUAUCAGAAAGCUCAAGACUAA